AUGUAUUGCUUCAGGGAGAUCCUCGCGUUCUUCGCAUUCGCGACUCAUACGUCUGCUCUCACUGACACAUACGACUACAUUAUCGUUGGGGGCGGCUUGACUGGCCUCGUAGUCGCCAAUCGUCUUUCAGAAGACAGUAACAGAACUGUGCUGGUGAUCGAAAAUGGAUACAUCGACUCCAGCCCAAAUGUACAAGUCCCAUACCUCGCCGGCGUGCUCAACAGCAAUCCGCCACUAUACCAAUCGCUUGUCUCGGCGCCAGAUCCACAGCUGGGGAAUCGUACUUUCUCAGUCGCUGUAGGCAAUGUGGUCGGUGGCGGGUCAAUCGUUAAUGGCAUGAUGCUCGAUCGGGGUUCCGAUGCGGAUUACAACGCAUGGGAAGAAUUGGGAAAUGUGGGUUGGGGGUGGAAAGAUCUCGCGCCGUUUUUCAAGAAGGUGUUUACGUUUACACCGCCGAGUGAGGAGACGACGAAAGCGAUCGGUAUAACCUACGAUAAAACUGCCUACGGGAACGGCCCCGUUCAAGCGACGAUCGCAAGCUUCCAGUACCCAGAUUACAAGGGCAUCUUCGAUGCGUGGAAGAACGAAAGCGGCAUAUCGCUUCCCAAAGAAGGCUUUGCGAGCCCCCUCGGCGCAUUUUGGGCGCCCAAUACCAUCGACAACGUCACUGGCGAGCGCUCAAAUGCCAGAACGGCAUACUACGAACCCGUCAAGGCGCGGCCGAACCUCAAGCUUUUGGUUGGAACGCAUGUAGAUGAGAUUCUGUUCAACAUCAACUCAAACGGCGGAAGUCUGAGGGCGAACGGAGUGAAAAUGACUGACAGAAACACAUCCUCAACGACAUCUGCCUGGGCAUCGCGAGAAGUCAUUCUCGCCGCCGGCGCCAUAUUCACCCCGCAUCUCCUAAUGGUCUCUGGCAUCGGCCCAGCCAGCGACGUGGGAGCCGCAAACAUCUCGGUUAAAGUCGAUCUCCCCGCUGUGGGCGCGAACUUCCAAGACCACGUCCCAGCGUAUAUGACCUUCAAUCUCUCUAACCUCGCCUUCCCAAAUUACAGCACACUCGCAACAAAUGCGUCCUUCAACGCAUCAGCAGCACAAGAGUAUGCAGACCACAAAACCGGGCCCUGGACCUUAAGUCGCGGCAACGCCCUCGCAUUUCUCACACUACCACAACUUACUCCCUCAUACUCCUCCCUCGCCGCUACGGCCUCCUCCCAGACGCCCACAGACUUCCUCCCAGAACGCUACGCUACCUCCAAACCACUGCAAGCAGGCUACCUCGCCCAACGCUCCAUCCUUCUGAAGCAGUUUACAGGUGAGCAAGGCUACGCCGCUGCCGCAGGCGAAUUGGCAAUCCAGCCCAGCAACCGCGCAGCCGUAGCUCUGCAGAAGCCGCUCUCGCGCGGGACCAUUACGCUGAAUACGUCGAACCCGCACGGCUACCCAGUGGUGGCGUACAACUCCCUGCAGAACCCCGUCGACGCUGCCAUCCUGACUGCACUGGUGCGGUUCAACCGGAAGCACUGGGCGUCGCCAGCGCUGUCGCGCUACGCACCCGUUGAGAACGUGCCUGGCGCUGAGUUUGUUAGUGAUGAGCAGAUUAUGCGGGCGCUCAACGAGAAGGCGGCGGUUAGUUCGAGUUUUGCGCAUCCGUCGGGCUCGUGUGCCAUGCUGCCGCGGGAUCUCGGGGGUUGUGUGAGCGAUCAGCUGCUAGUUUACGGUGUGGAUGGCUUGAGCAUUGUGGAUGCGAGCAUUCUACCCAUGAUUCCGGCAACGCAUUUGCAGGCGACCAUGUAUGCUGUGGCGGAGAAGGCGGCGGAUAUUAUCAAAAACAGAGGGUAG